AUGCAUGUGUAUGUACCGCGUUCAUACAAUGGAAUGAUCUCCUACAAGAAAAAACUUUUCAUAGAGUAUCUCCUUCUACAAAUACAAGGCUCCCGCCAGUCCUUCUCCCAACAAGGCCCAUCAAUAACAUUAUUCCCUGUGCCAAAAGAAAAAGAAAAAGAGAAAAAAAAAAAACGCUUCAACAUCCUUGCCCUCUUGGCUGCCCCUCUCUCCCAUUGCCUUUUCUGUCCUUCCCCUCCCCCAAACACAAUGCUUUGCGAUGCUCAACCCUUCAUGCCAUGCCCGACCGCCAACCGCCGUGCCCGCUUGCCGAACCAUCUCUCAAAAGCCCAUUUCUUUUUUCAUCGUGCAAAAGUCGCCAAAAGUGUGAUGCCAAACAAGGACGAAAAUUAG